AUGGCAUACCUUGCCGAGAUGUCAUCAAGUGCCUCUGCGAUGAGAGGGCCUGGCCCCUCCUUGAAUUUGCCAAUCAACAGCUACCGUGGACCAGAUGUGAACCUGCCCUGGACUGUAUUGCCAAACCUGCCGGUAGACUUGCAGCUGGAAGAUGUAGCAUUAAGGCUACAAAAGGCGCAGGAGGAGCGUAAAGCUGUUGAGGAACAAGUGGGUUCAGGAAAUUACCCAUCGUCCAAUGCCAAACCAAAGCGUGGUCCCGGUGCGAGCUCCUCGUUUAUGGCUGGCAGUGCCCAAAGAUUUCUCAGGGUACAGCAGGAUCCACGGCUUCAGGAGAUGAAAGAUGCGCUUAUCUCUCUGAAUCCUCAAUCCGAGAAUCCCAGCGCAGGCAGCGAAACCAAAGCUGUUUGGCAUGCACACGUGCGUCAGGGAAUCCGAAAGCUUCUCGACUCCGUGCUUAUGUGCACCAAUCCCGAUGCAGCCGAAAGGCAGCUCGAUGAGGCAUACAAAUGGUACCAAAAGGCACGAAGGCCAUCGCAUCAGCCGCUACAUUCGGGACCAGGAUUCCACGAUUUCUGUGCCGAAGAGGUGCUGCGACACCCAGCUCCGCCUGGUUCUGCAUACUUCGAGGCCGUGGAGGUGGAGCGGCCGGGACGGUCCACUUCCCACGACAGCAACAAGUUCGAGGCGCUUGCGGCUUCACUUCCAACAGUUGCCGGACGUCAUACAGUUCAGGUGAAGUUGGCCUCGCCGAGGGAGCGCCUCAAGGACUUCAGCACCAAGCAGCUAGUUCGGCCACUCACGGCCAGAAAAUUGAAGGACUUGGAGCAUCGCGCAGAGAUGGAGCACGAGCGACCUCUUACUCCAUCCACAACAUCCGGAGGCCUCACCGCACGAUCAAUGUUUUCGGCAAGAUCACCCACCCCGGCACACACGGCAGUAUCGCGUCCAACGUCGGCUAUGAGCAUUGGUCAAACCACCAUUAGUGGACGAGCUGCGACACCACGAAGCUUCGAGAAGCGUCACAGGCCGCACUCAGCGGCGUCCAAUGCUUCCACGGUGCCUGGGCUGCCAUACACACUGGAGGAGUCAGAGGGAAGGGAGAUGGUGUUUCAGCACGCGAAAGAGGAUUGUUUGCCUCCGUACCCGGCUACGGAAGCGGAACACAGGAUGGAGAAGCGCUGGCUCUCCAAACGGAACCGGGCCAUUACAGACAAGGUUGCGGGCGAGGAGCAGCGAACCGCCGUGCGCGACUGGGCGGAGCGCCGUGCCCGAGUGGAAGAGGAGAUUUCGAGGAAUGCAGAGGCAAGUCGCUUUCAAUGCGCGCUUGACAGACGACGGUAUGUGGAGCCACCGGAUGCGCUUGAGGACAUCGAUCCCACUGUCGCAGAUGACGAGGUGGAAGAACAUGCGGUACCUCGGAAUGCGCAACACAACCGCAGGCCGAGCGAGCCGGUGCAUGUGGACGUCUCUCAGCCUAAAGGCUACUCGUUUCAGGUUGCGGCUCGAUUCGCGGAAAGCGAGAAAAGUGAGAAGAGGCCGAAGGCGCUGAACUCCAGGAUUGCGCACCUCCGACGAAUACACGCCCACUUGAUUGAAGAUGAGCGUCCCAACUCUGACGAAGAGAAUGGUGAUGAAGGUGAUGACGACCCGGCCCAUGAGCAAGAUGCAGAAGCUGUCAUGCUCAGUGCAUAUGCUACCAUGGACGACAAUGUAGCCGUUCCUCGCAUGGAGGAUGACUCAGACGUGUUGGUGGGAGUUUGUGACUGGUGGUCGAAGCUUCAUCCGCCGAUGGUUCCUCCGCCUGACGGGACGGGCGUGACGCUGGACGAGAUCCGCUUCCAGCAGUUGCAAGAAGUGGAGGACAUCAAGCGGGUUUGUGCCCGAAGGAGCUAUCCUGUCAAUGUGGCGGUCCUAGAAAGAGCACUGGUCAUGCCUGCGCACAAGCUUAAUCCUGGCCACCUCAACGGCAUCUACAUAGUGAACACAAAUCCGGAUCUGCUGUCCAAUCCAUUUCUGGUCAAGAAGAAGAAGACCAAAAAGAAGAAGAAAGCGGGAAAGGGCAAGAAGGCUCGCAGCACCUCAGCAAAGCAAGGGAAGCCAAAGUGA